UUAUAAGUUAUAAAUUCCAUAAAGUUUGGGAUAAUCGAAAAGGAAAAAAUAAAAAAUAAUACAUAAAUGGAGGAUUCUAAAGGAAUAUUGUGCAGGUUUUGCAUUAGUACUGUUAACAAAGGAAAUUUUACAGUGAUAGAUGAAUCUAUAAGGGAAAUUUUAAGGACAGUUUCAGUGAACUUGGACUUAGAAAACAACUAUAAGCAAGUCAUGUGUUCUGCCUGUUCUGUUAAACUGUACUCCGCAUUUGGCUUUAAAUCCACUUGUCUCUACGUUGAGGACAAGAUUAUGUCUUAUGUUAAUCCCAAUGUGUCUUUCGUCGACUUAAGAGAAGUUCAUUUACAUGAAUACGAAAGCAAACCAUUUGUUAAAAUGGAAGACGAUCAGAAAAUAUGUAGGUUAUGUUUGCAGUUAAUUAGCGAGGAAUUUGUGCCGUUCUAUGAAAUGAAAUUAGAAAUAAUUGACAGAUACAUUCCAGAGGUGAAUUUUGGCAUCACUGAAGACCCCGUCGUUUGUAGGCAAUGUUUUGAUUCACUCAGUGUCCACGAUACUUUCAUAAGGACUUGUUUGGACGCUGAAUCGCAAAUUCACAACAUAGAAGACAACAAAAUCACAGAUUACAGGUCCUACGGCGUUUUUAUUAAGAAAGAAAUUGAUGAGAUGGAAUUAGAAGAUGAAAAGACGACAGAGGCAUUUGUUAAGAUUGAAAGACAACCGGAGACAGACAAAAUGUUGAUCGAAAGUGAAGAAGUUGAUAUCAAAUUUGAAGGAGAGGAACGGGAAAGUGAUUCCUCUUCACACAACCAACACAAUAAAGUAAUUGGAAAGAAAUUGAAGAGCACGUAUAAAAAUGGGAUGUACAAAUGUGAUAAAUGUGCUUAUGAAUCUGAACAUAAGGGUCGUCUCAAUGUACAUCUGUUAAUACACAAAGACCCUUCAGAAAUCCAUAUGUACAAGUGUGAUAUAUGUGGUUAUGAAACUAAGUACAAGGGACAUCUAAAAGCACAUCAAAUGUUGCACAAAGACCUUUGCGAGAUCCAGACGUACAAGUGUGACACUUGCAGUUUUGAAUCCAGGUAUAAGAGACAUCUAGUAGUGCAUCAAUUAAUACACAAAGAUACUUCAGAAAUUCAAAUGUACAAAUGUGAUACUUGUACUUAUGAGACUAAAUAUAAGAGUAGUCUGAAACUGCAUCUGUUAACUCACAAAGGCCCUUCGGAAGUCGAAAUGUACAAAUGUGACGCUUGUACUUAUGAAACUAAAUUUAAGAAUCGUCUGGAAUUACAUCUGCUAAAGCAUAAAGACCCAUCUGAAAUCCAAAUGUACCGGUGUGACGCUUGUGACUAUGAAGCUAAAUGUUAUAGACAUCUAAAAGUGCAUCAACUAAAGCACAAAGAACCUGUGGAAAUGUACAAGUGUGAUAAGUGUUCUUAUGAGACUAAGAUUAGAAGGAAUCUUAGAGCGCAUCAAUUGAAACACAAAGAUUCUUCAGAAAUCCGAAUGCACAAAUGUGGUAAAUGUACUUAUGAAACUAGAUAUACGCAUCGUCUAAAAAACCAUCAGUUAACCCACAAAGAUCCUUCAGAAAUACAGAUGUACAAAUGUGACAUUUGUACAUACGAGACUAAAUAUAAACCUGGUCUAAAAUGGCACCAACUAUCCCACAAAGACCCUUCCGAAAUCCAAAUGUACAAGUGUGAAUUUUGUACUUACGAGACUAAAUAUAAAAAUGGUCUCAAAAAACAUAAGUUAACGCACAAAGACCCUUCGGAAAUCGAAAUGUACGAAUGUAAUACAUGUAGCUAUGAAACUAGAUAUAAGAAGAGCCUCAAAAGUCAUCAGUUAAUGCACGAGAAGCCUGCCACGGCACAAAUAUGGGAAUGUGGUGCAAAUGAUGGCGCUAGUGAUACACCCGAUACUUCAGUAAAUAAACAUUCCUCGGAGAUGGAAGUGUACAAAUGUAAUGAAUGUGUUUUCGAAACUAUGUAUAAAAGGAGUUUAAGAGUUCAUGUGUUGAAGCACCAAGAUCCCUCGAAAAUAGAAAUGUACAAGUGUAAUAAAUGUGUCUACGAGUCAAGGAAGAAACACAGUCUAAUUAGACACCAGUUAACACAUAAAAACUCUUUAGUAGAGCAAGCCUUCCAACAAUUAUAGAUAAUUUUUUUGGUGAAUUAUUAGUAUUAUGUAAUUAGAUAAACAAUAAAUUUUGUAUAGUAAACACUAAUUUUGACAGAAUACCCUAGAUAUUUUUACAUAUUUGGAUAGAAAGCUUUCUCAUUACUGUGUAGGGUUUGAUAGGUAUGUAUAUUUGUUACAGCAAGCAGAUGUGCUCAUUUCAUUCAAUUUACACACAAUUAAAUGUUAGUAAGUUUCUUGCAAUUUCUUUAUCAAUUACCAGUUGGAAUAGUUCACAUAUCGAAAGAAAUAUACUGCGCAAGG